AUGCCACUGGAUGUGGGCAGUUUUGAGAAGAUUCGCAGCUUUGUGAAGGAAUUUAGGGCCAAGAACUGUCCCCUGCACAUCCUUGUCAACAAUGCAGGAAUCCACGUUCCGGGGGGCAAUGCACCUGAGAAAUCAGGACAGCGCACUCCGGAGGGAUUCGAGGUCACACUGGGAACCAACUACUUUGGCCAUCUGCUGCUGACAGAGCUGCUGAUGGACAAGCUAAAAGAGAGCGCCCCUUCUCGCAUAGUCAAUCAAGGCAGCCCAAUUGAACAGCUCAGCGGGGGAGUUUACUGGGAUGACCUCAAGGGCGAGAACAAACACUCGAGCGACAUGCAGGUGUAUGGAGCAAGCAAGCUUUACAACAUCAUGGUUGCCAAGGCGUGGAAUGAGAAGCUCAAGGGCACUGGUGUCGAAGCCUUCUCAGCCCAUCCAGGCAUUUCCAGCACCGAGGUCUUUGACAAAACCGACAAGAAGAAGCCCAUGGGAGCGUUUGUGAGCACGAUUAACCCCCUUGUGGGUCAGCACCCUGAGCGCGGCGCAUCUCCCCUGCUGUAUGCUGCUGCAUCGCCGGACUUGACUGGCAAGGGUGGAGCGUUCAUUGGGGGCCCAGUUGGGGCGCUGGCGGUGAUUGCAAACCUGGAUCAGUUCAAGGACCGAGAGACCUUCUCGAGCGAGGCAAAGCAUCUGGAGGACUGCAUGCGCCUGUAUGAGGAGUCCCUCAAGCUCAUUGAGCCCGGUCUGCGUGACCUGUGA